UGAUGUGCUGCCGGGUACAGAGUUGUUUCCCAGCAAGCCAGCUGCUGUUAAAGAAAAACAACAAACCAAUCAAGAAACAAAAGAAACCCGACGAUAAACAGACUGGCCUGGCUCUGAGGUCGCGGUGUCACCGUCCAGUUUAAAGCCCACUGAAGAGCGUAAAGUUGAACCCAUAUCACAUAAACGGAAUAUCAUCUUUGAAGAGUGUAUAGUGCAGGAAAGCAAGAGCAAUGUAGGCAACACUUUCACCUGAGCGCGAGUGUGUUCUCUUCUAUGAUUGUACUUGUUUGCAGUGCUUUUUUAAAAAUAAAUAAGUAAAGCAUUCCCUGCUUUGGAAUAUGUGCUGUGAUUUAAAAAGGAGAUUUUUGCUCCUCUAUGCAACACAAAAGGGGCAGGCAAAAGCCAUAGCUGAGGAAAUAUGUCUGCAAGCAGGUACCCAUGGAUUUGAAGCUGACAUGCACUGUUUAAGUGAGAUGGACAAGUACAACUUAGAAACAGAAAAGGAUCCUGUAGUUAUUGUCAUCUCCACGACUGGUACUGGUGACCCACCGGACACUGCCCGCAAGUUUGUUAAGAAGAUCCGGGAUAAGACCUUGCCACCUGAUCAUUUGGCACAUCUUCAGUACGGAUUGUUAGGCCUGGGAGACUCAGAGUACACAUUCUUUUGUAACGGUGGGAAGACAGUAGACCGACUACUUCAAGAACUCGGUGCCCAGCAUUUCUAUGAUACAGGAUUAGCAGAUGAUUGUGUAGGACUGGAACUAGUGGUUGAUCCUUGGAUUGAUGGUCUUUGGCUUGCCCUCGAGGAAGUAUUUCUGUUGCAGAAAGAAAAAGAAGGCAUGAGCAACGAUGUCAUUGCAGACCCACAUGUUGGGCAUGAAAUGAACUUAAGCUCAAAAAUACAGAAUUUGAAUUUAGGAGAUGAAGGAGUGAGGAAUUCUGAUGGUCCAUCGCAUAAACUGCUUGACAUCAAUGUCGUGGCUUCAACUACAGACACUGAACCUUCGCUUGUUCACUCAGUCCCUCCCAUCUCUCAGUCUGCUCUUAAUAUUCCUGCCCUGCCACCAGAGUAUAUAGAGGUGCAGUUUCAGGACACCCAUGGGGAGAAUCCUCAUCCGUCCUCACUGGUUUCAGAGGGAACAACCUUCGAAGUGCCAGUUACAAAAGCAUCUCGGCUCACUAGAGAAGAUGCAGUAAAAACUGCAUUGCUUUUAGAACUUGAUAUUGCAAAUACAGCCUUUGACUACCAACCUGGAGAUGCCUUCUGUGUAAUAUGUCCCAAUAAUGUCAGUGAGGUGGAAGAACUACUUCGCAUCUUGGGACUUUCUGAAAGAGGAGAGAACUUUGUUUGUAUAAAGGUUAAGCAGGACACUAAAAAGAAAGGAGCAACUCGUCCACAGCACAUACCUGAGAGAUGUACUCUGAAGUUCAUUCUAACCUGGUGUCUGGAACUAAGAGCAAUUCCCAAAAAGGCAUUUUUGCGAGCCCUUGUAGAAUGCACCAGUAAUGCAGGAGAAAAACGGAGGCUUCAGGAGCUUUGCAGUAAACAAGGAGCCUCUGAUUACACUCAUUUUAUUAGAGAGUCUAAUGUUUGCUUGCUGGAUUUACUUCAUGCUUUUCCAAGCUGCAAGCCUUCACUUAACCUGUUAAUUGAACAUCUCCCUAAAUUACAGGCCAGAUCCUAUUCUGUUUCAAGUUCGAACUUGUAUCAGCCAGGAAAACUGUGCUUCGUGUUUAAUAUUGUCGAGUAUCCUGCAUGUCCCACGAGACCCAUCUUACGGAAGGGAGUUUGUACAGGCUGGCUUGCUGAGUUAGUUGCACCUCUACUGCACACCAAUAAAGACACACUGGAUAUGAAAAGUUAUCCAACUGAAAAGAUAUCUAUUUUUUCUCGACCAAACAAUACUUUCCACUUACCUUCAGACCCAUCUGUGCCUUUUGUGAUGGUCGGUCCAGGAACAGGAAUUGCACCAUUUAUUGGUUUCCUGCAACAUAGGCAAAAACUGAGAGAAGAACAUACAGACUGGGAAUUUGGAGAGACAUGGCUCUUCUUUGGUUGUCGGCAUCAGGAUAGAGAUUAUUUAUUCAAAGAUGAGCUCAGAUGUUUUCUUGAAAAUGGAACGUUAACUCAUCUGAAGGUUUGUUUCUCAAGAGACUCUUCAAUGGGAGAAGUAGCUCAGCCUAAGUAUGUGCAAGAUGUCAUUAGGCUUUGUGCUAAGGAAGUUGCCAGAGUCCUGCUGAAAGAGAGUGGUUACUUCUAUGUAUGUGGAGACAAGAAGCACAUGGCUGAUGAUGUAAGUGAUGCUGUGUUAGACGUUUUAAGUAUAGAAAUGGAAGUUGACAAAUUAGAAGCAAUGAAAACCAUGGCCAAGCUUCGAGAAGCGAAACGCUAUUUGCAGGAUGUUUGGAGCUAACCAUCUAGUUUUUUUCUGUGUCGUUGUAAGACAAGAGAUUUUGCUUUGCUUUCACAUUUAUGCUUUUAACUAGAAUCAUCAAAACUGCCAUUGUCAUGCACAUUUUAACUUUCUUUGCUGAUCUUUCACUUAGGAAUGGGAAGCUUUUUCAAGGAUGACAAACCAGUCUGUCUUUGGAAUGUAUUGUUUUUAGCAACAUUGCAUAAUGGACUGUGUCAGUACCUUGAUUUUCUGACUCUUGAGAUUGCUUUCAUGUGGAAAGUGAGAACUUAUCUGUACAAUUAUAAUUGUAUGUUUGUUACAUCACAUACUUUUUCCUAUAAUUUAUACAUAAAGAAGCUAUAAAGUACAUAUGUUACUCACUUAACUGUACACCAUCAAAUACAUUAAUGACUUACCAGAAUCUACUUGGAUACUUCCUGAGAAUUUAUUUUUUUUUCCCCACAAACAUACACACUGUUUGGACAAGAGGGAAUGGCCUCAAGUUGCACUGGGGGAGGUUCAGACUGAGUAUUAGGAAAAUUUAAUUCUCAAGAAGAGAGGUCAAAUGCUGGAAUGGACUGCUCAGGGAAGUGGUUGAGUCAGCAUCCCUGGAGGUGUUCAAGAAACAUUUAGAUGUUGUACUAAGGGACGUGGUUUAAUGGGAAAUACUGGUGGUGAGUGGACAAUUGGACUGGAUGGUUUUGGAGGUCUUUUCCAAGUCUGGUGAUUCUAUGAGUCUGCACAUGUGUAUGUUUGUGUAUGUUUUCUUUUUCCUUGAACAAUAACUGCCAAAAGGAAUAAAGGUCCAGAGUACUGCACAAAAACCUGCUGCAGAAUAUCAACUCAUUUGUGGUGGUAGGUAUUUCAGUGGCCAGCAGAAGUUUCCAUGUCUUCUCAUUAGAUGUUCCUCAGCUUUCUAUGUGUUCUUUGUGGUUCUUCAUGUUGCUAAGUAGAGCCGAAGAUACAUGGAACAUGGAAGACUUAACUGCAUCUGCCCACAUCACUUGUGAACUAUUCCGUUAAAUGGUGCCUUACUGCAUUUGUGGUUAUAUUAAAGACUGAAGAUCCUAACCUGUUUUGGAACCAUCCCUGAAUGUUAUGUGAAUACUUCUUAAGCAGUUGCAGCUUAUGCUGGAUGGUAGUAAUUACUAUUGCUAGAUAAAGUCAUAAUGCACUGCCACACAAACUCUACAGAUAAUGUACAGUGCCUGUUUUUUUUCAGUCUAAUUGUGUAGCCUUGCUAGCGCUACUUCCCAUAUCAUAGCUGAAGCAGUGGCCAUAGUGGAUCUGAUUUCAGAUGCCUGUACUCAAAGACCAGAUGCUUUUUAAAAGCUUUGUCAAUACCAUGCCAUAAAUAACUUUAAAUGUAUCUAAUAUAAAAAUGCUGUGCUGGAAUUAACAAGUUCUAAAAACUGCCAUCUGUAUAUAGAGGUACGUUUGACUUCAAUAACUGAAUAUUCAGUCUGUUAUUCUGUAGGCAGUUUGUUGGGGUGCAGAAUAAAGCAACACUUAAAGCAAACAGAAAUGAAAAGACCUGCUUAAUGCUCUGUUGAGAUUUAUUGGUUAUCAAGAGGAUGCAUUCUUGGAACUAUUAUUUGCUGUAAUGUAAAUAUAGGUAUUCUCAUUGCAUAUUUAUGCAUUUAGCAACUUAGUAUGUUGAUGAUCUUAAGCAAUUUUUAAGCAACUCAUUUUUCCUUGAUUUUUUUUUUUUUUUUCUACUAUUAUAUGGGAUGGAACCUUUUAAAAGCCUUAUGCCUCCAUCUCUGGAUCCAGUUAUGUUUCAUCAGAGUUGAGAAGACCACAAUUAAAUCUGGUGACCACUCUAA